CCUGAGCCCCCAUAACGUCCCCGCCCCUCACCCACCCUCUCUCCUGUCCUAGGCUGCUGUCCUCCUAGACCCAUGUCACACGGUCUGAAGGCAGCCUGGCCUGCACCCUUCCAGCGUUUCUGCACCCCUUCUUUCUCACAGGUGGCGGUGCUGACCACUAUGCUGUCCGGGCGAUGGUGGCCAAGUACCUGGGGCAGCCUGGGGCUGGGACCCCGAAGUUCUUCUCAGGGAUCCCAACUCUAUGCCCUCUAUGCCUUUACUUACACUGGGGCAGAUGGCCGGCAGGUGUCCCUGGCUGAAGGAGACAGGUUCCUACUACUUCGAAAGACCAACUCAGACUGGUGGCUGGCCAGGCGCUUAGGAGCACCCUCCACUUCUAGACCUGUCUUUGUCCCUGCUGCCUAUGUGACAGAGGAGUCUGUACCCUACCACAGCCCCAUGGUCAGUGGCCCCAGCCAAUCCCUCUGUACUCCAGGAGGGCCAAAGUUGCUGCGUGGCUCCCGGGAAGAAUUGCACCUGUCCCAGGCAUCCCUAAGCAGAGCCCAGGCUAAGUGUGAGGAGCCUCCUCCCCUUCCCCCCAAAAUAUACAGAAGCCUCAGUGUUGCCAAUUUGAGAUCCAGCGAACAGAAGCCCCUCCAGGCUAGACUUGGUGGAAGAGCUCUCUCUCAGGAAGACCUGCUGAUGGAGGUCAAAGCCAAUAAGGCAGAAUCCCAGCCCCUCAUGUCAGAGCCCCCCGUGUACUAUAACCUGGUGGCCCUCCGCCGCUGUCCUCGGUCCCCGCCGCCAAGCCCCACCUGUCCCCUGCUGCAGAAGUUGGAUGUGUGGGAACAGCACCUGGACCCCGACUCCGGACGCUGCUUCUACAUCAACUCGCUGACGGGCUCCAAAUCCUGGAAGCCCCCACGCCGCAGACGCAUGCCGGACACGAUCCCCGGCGCCAUGGAGGGCACCCAGCCCCAGAACAGGGAGAACGGUGUGCUGCUACCUCAGACCAAAGGUGCCGGAUGUGACAUGGGGACCUCAGAACUGCCUGACCCGCAGGGUUCACCCCGCCUUGGCCAGUGCAUCCCCCAGUCCAGCCAGCCGUCCAGCUCGCAGCCCGUGCGACCUCUGCCGCAGCUGUUGGACGACCCCCACGAGGUGGAAAAGUCAGGCUUGCUCAACAUGACCAAGAUUGCCCAGGGCGGACGCAAACUCAGGAAGAACUGGGGCCCGUCUUGGGUGGUGUUAGCCGGUAACAGCCUGGUGUUCUACCGAGAGCCGCCGCCGACUGCGCCCUCCUCGGGCUGGGGGCCCGCAGGCAGCCGGCCAGAAAGCAGCGUGGACCUGCGCGGGGCAGCCCUGGCACACGGCCGCCACCUGUCCAGCCGCCGCAAUGUCCUGCACAUUCGCACGGUCCCAGGCCACGAGUUCCUGCUGCAAUCAGACAACGAGAGUGAGCUGCGAGCCUGGCACCGUGCUCUGCGCGCUGUCAUCGAGCGGCUGGAUCGGGAGAACCCCCUGGAGCUGCGUCUGUCUGGCUCUGGUCCCUCCGAACUGGGGGAGCUGAGCGGCGGGGAGGACGAUGAAGAGGAGCAGGAGCCGGUGUCCAGGCCAUUUCUGCGCUUGAGUGGUAGCCGGAGUUCGGGUCGCUGUCCUGAAGGUGCGGAGCAGAACCGAAUACGCAACAAGCUAAAGCGGCUUAUAGCCAAGAGACCGCCUUUGCAAAGCCUGCAGGAGCGCGGGUUGCUCCGAGACCAGGUGUUCGGCUGCCAGUUGGAAUCACUGUGCCAGAGGGAAGGGGACACAGUCCCUAGUUUUGUGCGACUCUGCAUUGCCGCUGUGGACAAAAGAGGUCUAGAUGUGGAUGGCAUCUACCGUGUGAGUGGGAACUUGGCUGUGGUCCAGAAACUCCGCUUCCUGGUGGACCGAGAGCGGGCGGUCACCUCUGACGGGAGGUACAUGUUCCCAGAACAGCCAGGACAAGAAGGCCGACUGGACUUGGACAGUGCCGAGUGGGAUGACAUUCAUGUGGUCACUGGAGCCCUCAAGCUUUUUCUCCGGGAGUUGCCACAGCCCUUGGUGCCCUCGCUGCUGUUGCCCCAUUUCCAGGCUUCUCUGGCACUUCCUGAAGCAGAGCAGCGUCUGUCUCAUUUACGAGAAUUAAUAGGCUCGAUGCCCAAGCCCAACCAUGAUACUCUACGGUACCUCCUGGAGCAUUUAUGCAGGGUGAUAGCGCACUCCGAUAAGAAUCGCAUGACGCCCCACAACCUGGGAAUCGUUUUUGGACCCACCCUGUUUCGGCCGGAGCAGGAAACUGCAGAUCCAGCAGCUCAUGCCCUGUAUCCCGGCCAGGUAGUGCAGCUGAUGCUCACUGACUUUGCUAGUCUCUUCCCUUGACCAGGCAAGGCAAAGAAGGAAAACCUGCCUCCAGCUAGCUGUGACCUACCCUUUUGGCAUCCUGUUUGGAGAUCAUCACUUUGAAUCCUGUGUCCCCAGUGACUAUCUGAGCCGAGAGGCUGCAAUGGGGUGAGGAAGCUGCUCUAGAAGACACACGGGAGGAUUAACUGCACCUUUUGUUACCUGUGGCCACCCUCCCCUGAGAUAACACAUGAAGCAGUGUGGAAUGGCAUUCUGUCUGAUGCAGUUCCUUUAUUACCAGGAAACAGUGUCAUUUUCAAAUUCCUCUCCAUAACAUAAUGCAGACUAUGUACAGCCUCCAGCCCAGCCCUCCCAUCCCUGUGGCAUCCUAUGCAGGUGCUGCGACUCCUUUCUUUAGCAUCACCAGAGGGUUGGACACACUUUAGCAAAACAGGGCUGUGUGAUGGUCGUGGCCCUCUGUUCUAGGCACUGGAGUUGAGGAACUGCGUCUCUCCAGGCAGGGAACCCAGCAAGACACUCAUGCUGCCCACAGCCAUGUUAGGGGGCCCUGAGGAAGGUGGCUCAGAGCUGCCCCCCUGGUCUUGGGAAUGGGGAGGACUCAGCCCCUGGGCCUCAUCCAGAAUAGCCACAAAGUCCAGCUGAGUGUUGUCAAGGUCAAGAGAGUCCAGCGGGUUGCACACCUGCCCUUCAGGAGGAGGGUACAAGGCAGGACCCCCUCCCAGCCUGCCCACUUCUGGGUGACCACAGCUGGGGUUAUUGCUUCCAGCCUUAAGGGGCCCAUAGCAAGCAGGUAGGGGAGGCAGAAGCCGGGGUGGUGCCGCUGGCCUGUGGGAAGCCCUGUUUGUCCCUGUGGCAAAACUGUCAUGACACUGUGGGGGAGUAGGAUAUGAACCUGCCUUGUGAUUGGGCAAGCUGGGUGCAAAACCAGGUCCAUAUGCGGCCACUGGGGCCUUGGUGGGGCUUGAGCUAACCUGGGAACCCCCCAGAAACUUGGGGCUCUGGUAGGGAGCUUCCUGGACCGGGGCAUCCCCCCUGCCACCACCCUCCCACAGCAGUUCCUGUUGAGACUGUAUGUAAUUACACAUUAGCUGAGCCUUGA